GCAAUUGGAUCGUUUUCUUUGGGGCUGAGAGUUGAGUUGGGGAGCAAUUUUAAUUAAAACAGUAAUUAAUAAAUUUAUAUUAAAUUCCACGAGAAAAACGUGUUUUAUACAAUACAAUAGUGAUUUUAAAGAAUAAGUUGUAAAACAAGAAAUGACAAUUAUGUUGUAAAUGAAAAUGAAUUUAAAAAGUAGUAAAAGCAACAAGUGAAUGAACUCGUAAAAAAAUUUUUCGAUCAAAUCCCUAUAAUCUGUCUCUCCUUGAGUGCGCGAGCGAGAGUGUGUUCGGUGUUGUUUUUUUCUUAAAUUUCAACUAUUUUUUGACAUUGCUCAGGGCUGGAGAAAAAAAGAAUAAAAGACCUUGAAUUCUUGUAUGCUGCGAGCUAUUGUGUAAACAAAUGCGGGAUAAACAGUGAUAAUUUGUUUAAAUAAUUCUCAAGCAGUGCUGUUGUUGGUGUUUCAAAAAGAAAAAAAAAAACAUUCAUGUUCGCUUGUGUUUUGAAAGUCGUUGCUGUUGUUUUGUUCGUGCAUGAAAGGGUGGUGGUGGGUGGAGAGUGUCAAUCAACAGCUGAUCAAUUCUCUUCUCUCAUCAUUUGAAUGCAAGAUGAUCCCAAUUUUAAAUUGCUGACAAUUAGCUACUGCAGGCAUUUACGAAAUUGUUAAUUAAUCUUUUUGUCAGUUGUAUAUGGUUCUGUAAUAAUGGGAAGAUCUCAGGAUUUAUUGGACGCGGCCAGAACUGGCAACAUUAGUGUUGUUGGCAAAAUUCUGGAACAUUAUGCCAAAAAAGGAGGUCCACUUUCUAGUUUUCGACGCAGUCCCAGUUUAAAUGCACAGGAUAUGAAUGGUUAUACACCACUACAUCAUGCCUGCCUGAAUGGUCAUGAAGAAAUUGUACGACUACUCUUGUCGCAUGAUGCUGCCACCGAUGUACCUGACAUUCGCGGUUCCACGCCUCUGUAUCUUGCAUCAUGGGCUGAUAAGCCUGAUAUUGUUAGAAUGCUUCUAAUGCAUCCCCGAAGACCCGCAAAUCCAAACGCCCAGAACUCACAAAAUGAAACACCUUUACAUUGUGCUGCCGAACAUGGCCACAAUGCUGUAGUAGCAAUACUUUUAUCAUAUGGUGCUGAUCCAACAAUACGAAAUAAUAGUUUCCAAACUGCUUUGGAUUUAGCUUCACAAUUUGGUCGUCUACAAGUGGUGCAAAUAUUGAUAAGAACACAUCCUGAACUAAUUGAGCCGUUUCGUGUCUACAAUGAAAUUGUCGCUCUAGAAAAUGGGCAUUCACCACCCUAUACGAUAACACCAACAAAACAUAUUUUUACACAUUCAUGCCUGCAUCUUGCUGCACGUAAUGGUCAUAAGAAAGUGGUGGAAACGUUAUUAGCAGCUGGUGUAGAUGUAAAUAUUUUGACAAAUUCCGGGUCCGCUUUACACGAAGCGGCAUUGUGUGGCAAAAAGUCUGUUGUAUGUACACUAUUACGUGCCGGAAUCGAUCUAUAUGCCGUCGAUGGAAAUGGACGAACGGCAUUGGAUGUCUUAACCGACUAUCCACCACAUGUUACCUAUGAAAUUGUUUCGAUAAUUAAAGAUUUUUGCCAGGAGAGCUGUAGAAUGGAAAAUAAUUCUCAUUUCAUACCAAUUAAAGAUGUAAAUGACAACACAGCAAUGUCAAGAUAUGAAGAUGAGUCGAAAGCUGAGCAGAACUACGUCAUGGAACAACAGCAACAACAGAAUAAUCAUCAUCAUCAGCACUUUGUGGAAAAUCGCUCAAUGACAAUGAAUUCUUUGGAUCGUCAAAUAUCCAUCGAUCGUUAUACACCAAUGGAACCGAUAUUGAAUCCCAAAUCAACUCUGCCAAAGAGCAAUCGUUCAACACCAGAAACCCUGCUAGAAUACAAGCCAGUUUAUGCAACAAAUCUUCUAAAUAGACGUCUGGGUACGAAUACAGAAAGAAAAUUUCCCAAAUUAGAAACGAAUGCAAAAAAGGAAGAGAAUGUAUCCAAUUUAAAUUCCACACAAUAUCAUUGUGUAGAUGAAUAUGUAGAAAUGACAUUGCCGACCGGAAGUGCAUGCAAUACACCACGAACACCCAAAGCUACAGCAAUGUCUCAAGUGCAAACUCCCUUACCAAGUCCUAGAAGAAAUUUAGAAUAUUGUGAUUAUGCAAAUAUCAGUGCUAUAAUGGAUAAUGCACAAAACAAUCGACGACAGGUACUUCGACAAGAACAAGAAGAAGAUGGAGCUGAUUGUAACAAUAAUGAUAUUCAACCAAAGACGCCCACAGCGACCAACAAUAAUUUCGAUACAAAUAACAACAACAACGAUUCUCGACGACAAAGCCAAGACCGCUCGGUACACUCCCCAACCCCAGAUUAUCCUCCACCUACUGCUUUUCAGGCCGAAACAACGAUAUUUGAAUUUGUUAAACCACCACCGGACAAAAGUUGGAAACGCAAAUCCUUACAACUGCAAAACCGCAAUUCACAAUUUUACAAUAAUCUCAAAUCAUUUAUAUGGGAAGAACAAAUGGAGCCACCAGAAGAAGAGCAAUUUGAUUCAAUUAGCAGUUCACGGGUAUCCGAAUGUGUUGAGGAGUUUGUUGGUGAUGUACCCUUUGCCGGUUUAUUUAAGGGCUCUUCAUUGAAUUUAGCCAGUGACGCGCCUCAGGAAACCGGAAACAAAAAUCAGGCAAUUGAAGAGUUACCAAGUGGGCUGAGAUCACCAAGUUUGGUUAAAUCGGUCCGACCAAUGUCAACAAAAAGAUCUUCUAUGCAACUUCCAACGCCCACAGGCAAUGAAGAAAAUUCCCUAGAAAAUGGUGUAGCGUCAAAUGAAAUAAAAACACCACCACCUGUUGUAACUGCCACUGCCAAAGAAAGUGAAUUUGAUUUUGAUGCCUCAAAGGUGUGGGAUGAAAUAAAUACAAUAUUUGAAAGUAUUGGCAAUGAGGUUUCCGCUGCCAAUAAUGAAACAACAAACACCACCUUAGAUGCCAUAAGUGAUGAAUGUAAUUAUCUCUCAAAUACAUUGCGCAAAAAGACUUUGACCAUAAGGAAACCGGCGGAAUUGUUAUUGAUUUCACCCGAACAAGAAGAUGUCAAUCCAAAUUGGUGCCAUUCGGCAAAUACUUUGAUAUAUGGCUAUGUUCUCUACGAUGUUUAUUACUUGGGUUCCACAGUCAUAAGGGAGUUACAUGGUACCGUAUCGACUAGAAAAUCUAUACAAAAGCUGAAACGUGAAGAGACACCUGCCCCCAUAGAGUACAAAGGCCAAGAUGGCAGUUUGAUAGAAGAUAUCAACUGUUCAACACGUAUUCUAAAGGAAACAAAUGCACAGACACGUCUGAAAGUUGGUAUAGCUCUUUCACAUGCUGGUGUUAGAUUUAUCGACACUGAAAAUAAGAGUACCAUAAGUGUCCACGAUAUCGAGAACAUUAAUUGUGUUAGCCAGGAUACGGAUGAUUUGAGAUAUUUUGCCUACAUAACAAGGGAAAAGGACACUCAUUAUUGUCAUGUCUUUAUGGUUGAUAGUUUGGACUUGGCCACCGAAAUAAUUCUAACACUGGGACAAGCCUUUGAGGUGGCAUAUCAAUUGUCACUCAUUAAUCAGGAAGAAUCCCUUGCCAAUAAUACAACUGAGGAAUUAACAACGGUUGAGGAAGAAAAUAAACGUAUAAGUUAUUGCGAUAUUGUGGACAAUAUUUAAACCCAAAAACUUAUUAAAAUUUAUAUGAAAACUUAUUGUCAUAAACACAUUCUAAUCAACAACGUAUUUAUAUAUUAAAAUAAUCACAAAUUAAUUAUAAUUGAGGCUUCUGUUAACGUCCGAAUGAAGUUCCUUCUAACCAAACAAACAAGAAGUGUUUACAGUGUGGCUAAAUUACGACGAUAAUGAUGGACGACACCAGUACAAAAUGUCUUUAAACCAAAAUCCCCUUAGAGGCCAUUGAUUGAAAACAAAUCUAAAAAAAUAACUCGUAUUAUUCUAAAAGAAGAAAUCGUCUUUGUUUAAAUGUAUUGUUCUAAUGUAUUCUUUUUUUAUUUAUUUGAUAGAAUUCAGCAAGAAAAUUAUCAAAAUUAUCUUUAUUAACUGCUAUAGCUAUUAUUAUGUGUGUAUUAAUUUUCAUUUGCAAUAUAUAUAUUAUUACUUACUAGUCUCGAUGCCAUUAUAUAUGAAUGUAUUAUUUUUGCAUCCUCUUUGUAUGUCGGAAUUAAUCCACAGUAACGUAUAGUGCCUUUAUGCAGCCAAAUGUACCAAAUAACAAUAAAAGUGAAUAAUAAUUAA